UAUGUCAAGGUGAGGGUUUAAUUGUGUAUUUUUAAACCACAAAAACCCCUCUUGCUCUCCCUCUUUUCCACACUCACUAGUAUUGUUCCAACUCCAACCAUGGAAGCAACGCGAUUCUCCCCUAAUCACUUCCAUCCACACUCCUUGCAAACCAAACACAACGCUUCCAGAGAAAGAAGAUACGUAAAAUGCAUCAACGGAAUUGGUACUAGGGUUUCGCUUUUCACAAUCCCCGCGUUCAGCACAAGGAUUUCUCCUUCGCGGAACCGGACUCUUUCUGUUAACUUCUCCGACAGGCUCCGGAGUGAUUAUGCACGCGUCGACGCUCCGAAGGAUGAGCUUCCGAACGAGGAGGUUGUUCCCGCCAUUCGCGGUGGGGAAACGGCUGUUGCGUUGUCUCCGGAGUUUGAUAAGUCGGUAACCUCGCAAUUGAAACCUGUAAUGUUCAGAAACAGGUUUCUGAACUUCGUGCGGUUGGGUUCCGUGGUAAACGGUGCGGCUGAAUCGUUUUUCAAGAGCGAGAUUAGGAGGAGGUUGUUCGUGACGGCGGUGCUGAUUGUGAUUAGUCGCGUUGGUUAUUUUAUUCCUCUUCCUGGGUUUGACAGAAGGUUGAUACCGGAAGACUACCUGAGCUUUGUGUCAGGAUCAUCUGUUGAUGAACUUGGUGAUUUCUCCGCUGAGCUCAAGCUAUCUAUUUUCCAGCUUGGUAUUAGUCCUCAGAUAAUAGCGUCCAUUAUUAUGCAGGUACUCUGUCAUGUUGUCCCUUCGCUAGUAAAGCUACGAAAAGAAGGUCUGGAUGGGCAUGAAAAGAUUAAGAGUUAUAUAUGGUGGAUGUCAUUUGGCUUUGCAAUUUUGGAAGCUUUAAUAGUUUCUUGCUACUCACUUCCAUAUUCAAUUUAUGCUGCCAGUUACAGGGUCAAACAUGUAAUGCUGACAUCAGUUUUAUUGGUUUGUGGUGCAAUGACUAUUACAUGGAUAUGUGAUACUAUAUCAGAAUCUGGAUUUGGUCAAGGCUCGUCUUUAAUCAUAUGUGUGGGAAUCCUUACGGGGUAUAUGGAAACAUUAUACAAGAUGCUUACUCAGCUUUCAGUGAGUGCUGUGAGCUGGUGGCCAUAUGUGCUUGCCGUAUUGGGUAUCUUCACCGUUGUCACUAUGUGGGCAGUUGUAGUAACAGAAGGUUGUAGGAAAGUAAAGCUGCAGUACUAUGGUUUUAAACUUGCUUCUGCAGCAAGAGAGCAAUCGCCUAUUACAGAAGUGGAGCCCUAUAUUCCUUUCAAUAUUAAUCCAGCAGGGAUGCAGCCUAUUCUUACCACCUCUUACCUCUUGGCACUUCCGAGCAUUCUUGCAAGUCUGCUGAGUUCACCUUUUUGGGAGCACGUAAAGGAAAUAUUGAACCCUGAAAAUUCUGUCGGUGCUGAGCCAUGGGUUUACUAUUCCAUAUAUGCUUUUUUUGUCUUCCUGUUCAAUAUAUUUGACAUUGCUAACAUGCCAAAGGAAAUUGCGGAUUAUUUAAAUAAGAUGGGUGCGAGAAUACCAAACAUAAAGCCUGGGAAGGCUACCAUAGAAUACCUCACCAAGGUUCAGGCAUCCACACGAUUUUGGGGGGGGCUACUGUUAAGUGUUCUGGCCACUACAUCAAGUGUUCUUGACCACUAUUUGCGGCGUGUCAAUGCUGGGUUUGCCAUUGGUUUUACAUCAGUUCUAAUCAUUGUCGGUUCCAUUAUUGAACUCAGAAGAUCAUAUCAAGCAUAUAAUGUGAUGCCAAGCUUAAGUAAUGCCUUGAGACGAUAUGGUGUAUAACUUAUGGAAAAGCUAUGCUGUCACUCCCCUGUGCCAAUUUGAUUUGGACCUCUGGGGUAACAUUGGCCACCGUUGUAUUUGAUGAGUAGCCUAAUUUUUCUGUGUAAGGUUUUACAAAUUCCGAUACGGAUGAUAAUUGAUCAGGUCUACCAAUUGCUGAAAAUAUUUCGAGAAAGCUUGGUUUUCCGGGGACAUCACAGAUUUAGAGUUUAGUUUGGCGGUUUAAGAAUAUCGAGGUUGGAGUGUUUUGUUGGUAGUAAGGGGAUGCUAUAUUCGGCGUGUCGAUACAUGAUAGUAGCUGAUUCAAAAGCCUCAUCUUCUGGAUUCUUUGGUGGAAUUUUUAUGAAUUUAGGAAACUAUGUAGUUAGGGUAUAGUUGUAGUGGGAGAUGAAAUAUGUACAGGAAUUUAUCGUGUUGUUUGGUUGUAGGAGGUUAAAUGCCUUUGAUAGUGGGUUGGAGUGUUUCUUUCUACACAAAAUAUUUGAAGCAGCUCUCAUCUAUUCAGGAAUUGAUUUUUUCAGAAUGUAUACUCUGAAUAGUACAUGUCAGAAUAUGAGAAUUGCCCAGAUUUUUAUGGGGUA